GCAGCCGGCGGGGGGGAAGGCGGCGGCAUCGCCCCCGCGGGGCUCCCCCCGCCGCACCCCGCUUUCCCUCAAAGUUUGGGGCGGGAGCGGGGGGGAGACCGGAGCCAACUUGUCCCGGAUCCCUUUAUUCGCCGCCGGAGCCGCCGUCUCUCCCAACCCCCGCGUGUAUUGCUGAUCGGAGGGACGGAGCUCGGUCCUGUGUCCGCCCCGCUCCUUCCUGCCCGCACCAUGGAGUUCGCCCAGAGGAAAAGGAGCAGGAAAUCUCAAAGCUUUAAACUGGUCAACGAAGAUUACCAUCAUGAGAUAUAUAAGAUCUCUGACUACAGCAGUGAUGUUAAUGGGGAGACCAAAGAAACACAACCAGCUUUUUUAGGAGAUGAAAGCCGGGAAAUUAAAAAACAAAUUACAGGGAUGAGAAGAUUACUGAAUGACAGCACUGGAAGAAUCUAUCAACGAGUUGGCAAAGAAGGAGAAAAACUGAAGGAAGAGCCCCAAGAUUUAGACUUAGCCUGGGCCCAGCGCCUGAAUCCCCCUGCGGAGUCCCAGGCGAGCCUUCAUCCGUCACAGAGCGGUGCAUGGAAUGAGUUAUCAUCCCAAGCCAGCCAUUUUUCAGGGCAAUACGGAACUCGAUCCAAAACGUUCCAAAAUCAGGCUCGAACUGUGGCAUCCAAUGGAGAAAUCCCAAUGGUGAAUUCGUCAGUUGGACCAAACUGCUGUACAUGUAAUUGCCAGUCAACCCUGCAGGCGAUUCUUCAAGAGCUCAAGACCAUGCGAAAGUUGAUGCAGAUUCAAGCAGUUGGGACUCAAAACAGACAGCAGCCUACUGUUCCUCUGAUUUGUGCACAGAAGUCAACAAUAUCAAGAAAGAGAAAUAAAAAGAGAAAACUGCCCCUCAAAGCUGUUGAAGCAGUUACCAUGAAUAAGAAACCCAGCUCUCCAGAGAAUGAGAAGAGGCUGACAGCAAAUUCGGAACAAUCGAGUCUGGAAGCAAUUGAACCCCCCCUGAAGCCAGAGACCCCUGUUUCAGGGUUUGGAAUUAUCCUUGAAUCGGCCUCAUCAGAUCCAGAAGUGCAACUUGCAGAAGGCUUUGACGUCUUCAUGCCGAAAUCUCAGCUGGACUCAAUACUAUCAAACUAUACUCGCUCAGGAAGUCUGCUCUUUAGGAAGCUGGUCUGUGCAUUUUUUGAUGACAAGACUUUGGCUAACUCUUUACCAAAUGGCAAAAGAAAAAGAGGGCUUAAUGACAACCGGAAAGGACUAGACCAAAAUAUUGUGGGUGCAAUAAAAGGUACAGAUUGCUAACUUAGGAGACAUAGGGCAAUAAGAAGAGCUUCUGUGAGUGCAUUGGCAGCAAAAGGAGGCAGGAUAAUCUUCUGCAGUCACCUCUGUGCCAACUUUUGGACCCCUCUACCCAUGAAAGAAAGGCAUUGACAAAUUGGCUGGAGUCCAGUACAGGGACCACCAAGGCUUAUGACUUCACCACUUUCCUGCUUCAGUACCAAAUGAGGAGAGUCUGAGAGAACUGGAGAGAAAAUUAUUCAGGAGAAGCCUUACUGCUAUUCACAACUACCUAAUGGGAUGAUACGGAGAAGUGGAGUCAGACUCUUCCCAAAGGCAAAAGAAGCACUGAACAUGUGGAAAAUUGCUAAGGAGAAGCACUUUUGGCAUAAGGGUGGUUGAGCAGCGCAGUAGGGGCUCAGAGAGGCUGAAGGAUCUCCAUCCCUGCAAAUAUUCAAAAUGUGACUGGUCACAGGCCAGAGUAUUAUGAUCUAGUUGACCAUGCUUUGAGCAGCAGGCUGGGCAAGCAGGCCUUCAGAGGACCCUCUCAAGUGUGCACAUCUGCCACAAAGUGUAUGUUGUGCUUAUGCCAUAGCAGCUGACACAGUUACACUUGUAUUUAUGUUUAAAUCACAAACAGUUCUGUACUUUCUUGUCUUGAGCUCAGUAAUCUGCAAAAAUCUGAGUCUGAAUUCUCUCUAUCUGUAUCUCAUUGUUCCUUAAAAGCUUUAAUAAAUAAGUAAAUGAAAGAGAGAGGAGUUCAAAAUUACUUCCAAAAAACCCACUCUAAUUUGAACAGCACUUGAUAAAAUAAAUGUUUUACAGUAAAUGCAACAGCACUAUUAAAAUAGCAGCUGGUACCCACUGCAGAAAGCAAUGUUUCUCAGUAGCUAAGAUUGUAUUAGUGGAGCAGAUUCUGAGGCUUGGCUUAACCUCUUCCCUUGAGUUUAAAAGAAGAAAGGAGGGACUUGUAGUUCCAACAGAAACAUUUAAUCUCUGAUGGUACUACUAGGUACCACUGCCAUAACAGUGACCUUUAUUGGCACUUAGAGUAUUGCCCAAAUGCUAGUGCCUGAUCCCUGAGAGGGAAGCCUGUCCCUAAAAGCUGUGAUGGAAUAAGAUGCCAAGGUCUGACGUCCUGUGGAUCUUCACUCAGUCUGGCUCCAAUAGCACCCUUCUUCCCUCCAAGGAGCUGUGCUUAUCAGACACUGAGGUUUCAUUUAUUCCAAGAAAUAACUGAGCCAGUAUGAAAUCUCUACAAGAACAACAUCAUGUUGUUUGCAUUAUUAUCAUUAGGACAUUACUCUACCACGUGCCCAGAUAUCCUUUAGUGGCACUUUUAGUCCUUUUCCAUGACAGAAGUACAAAAGGCUACAUUCAUGACAAAGAUGGGUAGAGAAUUUAAAGGAGGGACUGUUUGCUUGAAAAUCACUCUUCCUGUCUGAAAACAUUUUCAUUGCUGUCCUUACAAGUAAUUUAAUGCUUCUGCAACAGAAUGAUGAGCCAGGGAUUCACUCAUUUGACUUUGGGUAUUCAGUGGCACUUGUUUUAUCAGUUGCAGUGUUUCUCCUGGGCAAUCAGCUUCUCUUGUGAGUCUUUCACUCAGAAUUGGGAAAAAAAAAAAGGUGAAAAAAAAUAAAACUAGUCAGAAGCAGUUAUUUUUCCUUUGUGUUGUUGACUAGAAAUUCGGCCAGUGAAAUCCUUCCCUGCAAAAAUCAAUGAGCUGUGUUCAGAUAUAAGUGUGAUGUGUCCCUCAGGGAUCCAUAGUGGGACCAGUACAAUUUAAUAUUUUCAGCAAUGACACAGGCACUGGUUUCUAGGGCACCCUCUGCAGGUUUGCAGAUGACACCAGGCUGAGUGGUAUGGUUGGUUGACAAGAGGGAAGAGAUGCCAUCCAGGACCUUGCAGGCUGAAGGAGUGAGUCCAUGUGAACCUCCUGAUGUUCGACAAGACCAAGUGCAAGGUCCUGGAUCUGGGUCAGGGCAAUCUCCGAUAUCAGUAUAGACUGGUGGAUGAAGGGAUUGAGAACAACCCUGCAGAGAAUGACUUGGGGUACUGAUAGACAAAAACUUAGAUAUGAGCCAACAAUGUCAUAGCUCAGAAGGUCAGCUGUGUCCCAGGUGCUAUCACAAGAACUGUGGGCAUGAUUCUGUGCCUCUGCUCCACUGUGAUGAGACCCCACCUACAGCUCUGCAUCCAGCUCUGGGGUCUCCAGCACAGGAAAGACAUGGACCUACUGUAGCAAUUCCAGAGACCACCAGGAUGGUCAGAGGGCUGGAACACCUCUGCUAUGAGGACAGGCUGAGAGAUUGAUGUGGUUCAGCCUGAAGAAGAGAAAGCUCUAAGGAGACCUUAUUGUGGUCUUUUAAUAUAUAAAAGGGGCUUGUAAGAAAGAUGAGAAUGAAUAUUUUACCAGAACCUGUAGUGACAGGACAAGGGGGCAGUAGCUUUAAAUUGAAAGAGGGUACAUUUAGUUGGACAUUAGAAAGCCUUUUUUUUUUUAUGGUGAUGGUGGUGAGACAUUGGAACAGUUUGCCCAGAGAAGCUGUAGGUGCUCCAUCCCUGAAAGUGUUUAAGAUCAGCUUGGACAAGAUGUUGAGCAAUAUGAUGAAGUGCAAGAUGUCCCUACUCAUGGCAGUGGGGUUGGACUAGAUGAUCUCUAAAGUCUCCUUUAAGUUCAAACUAGUCUAUGUUUCUAUGACAGAGGGUUUGUCAAUACCUUACAGCUUGGGUGGACUAGAAUGGGCAGGUCCCAAUUCUCCUGCUUCCUUGCUGUUGCAUUCCCAUUCCUUUUUGCUCACACUGUUAUUUCUCUGACCACACGUUGAGCAGUUGCCUGUUUUAAGUAAACAGGAGUCGCAAGUCAUUGAUCAGGUUCCUGUUGUGUCAGCUACCUUAUGGAUUCAGAAGGGAAAGAUUAUUUCUACCUACACAAAGUUGAUGUUUGUUGGCAAGUCAAACACUGUGAAUGUGUACGGAUGUAUUGACUUCUGUGGGCAGCCCUCAGAGUUGGUCUGAUGUCCUUGUAGAUCAGACUGCACAGGAAAGUGUUGCUGAUGUCUGCCUUGACAUGGUUUUGUGAACUUUUAACAUGGAAAGAGUUUGGGGCAGAGGGGAGAUUGCCUUUGGUUCCCUUGUACUUAGCAGGUAGUGCUGCUUCAAAAGUGUGUGUAUAAAAAUACUGAAAUUGUCAUUGUUUUGUUAUACAUUUCCUGAUCCCAUUUGUGUGAUAUUUAUUCUCAAGGAUUACAAAUCCCUUGAGCUGGGACCAGCUUUCUCUCUUUGUUUGCCAGUCAUAAUUGGACAUUGGGCUCUGAGACCUCUGACCAAGUUUACAAUAGCAAUACUAUCAGCAAGAAUAUUUUUUCUAUUUCUGCACUUGUUUAUUUUUUGCUCACCUCUCAGCUGCAUGAUGAAAAUCAAUUGCAUCAGUUUCACUCCAUUUAUAAUUCCGUAUUUUUGGUAUAACACUGUUAGGUUUGUUGUAAAUAUGGAUUUAAAGAUAAUGUUGACCCUCUCUGUACCUUUUUUACAAAAUACAAAAUUGGACCUGUAGGAUAUUUCUUUUCUUCUCUGUAAUGGUGCUG